AUGGAUCCAGAAAAAUCAGUGGAGGAUCAAUUCUCCAAGCUACAUCCUUCCAUGCCAGUAAACACCAAAAUUGGAAUAGUGGGUGCCGGUCCAAGUGGCUUAUCAGCUGCUUAUGCACUGGCCAGGCUUGGAUAUAAUAAUAUCACUGUCUUGGAGAAACAUCAUUCAGUUGGGGGCAUGUGUGAGUCAGUAGAAAUUGAAGGAAGAGUUUAUGAUCUAGGUGGCCAAGUUCUGGCUGCAAGCAGUGCUCCGAUCAUCUUUCACUUGGCUAAAGAGACAGGUUCUCCACUAGAAGAAAUGGACUCCCACAAGCUUGCUGUUAUUGACAGUUCCUCAGGAAAAUAUCAAGAUGUCAAAGUUGCUGAUGAUUAUGUAUCUGUUAUGUCACUUACAUUAGCAAUCCAAGAAAAGGUGAAGAAUUCUGGUCGUUUAGGGGUGCAUGCUGUCAGUGAAGUUGCUUCGGACUUAGCUCCAGAUUAUCUUGAGCUUCAUGGACUUAAAUCUGUCCCUAAAUCUGUGGCUUAUGGUUACACUGCUUCAGGAUACGGGUUCAUUCAAGACAUGCCUUAUGCCUACAUUCAUGAAUUUACUAGAACUUCCAUGGCUGGAAAAAUUCGACGUUUUAAAGGUGGAUAUACGAGUCUUUGGCAAAGGAUUGCUGAAUCACUUCCUAUAAAACUUCACUGUAGCACUGAGGUGUUGGCAAUCAAGAGGAAUUCUGACAGUGUCACCGUUAAUGUCAAGAGCUCAAAUGAAAUUGAAACUAUGGAAUUUGAUAAGAUCAUAAUCUCGGGUAAUUUUCCAUUAAAAUAUGGAAGAACGUAUAGAUCAGUGCCUUCAACUAGCUUAGAGUGUGAACCAGAAGUAAUGGAUGUAAGUGAGCUUGAAAAGGAUUUGUUCAGCAAAGUUGAAACAAAUGAUUACUACACAACUGUUUUAAAGAUCAAGGGAAUGGAACAUAUGCCCGUUGGAUUUUAUUAUUUUAGAGAAUAUAUGGAAGAUCCCAGCACAAUUGGAAAUCCAGUUGCCAUGCAAAAGUUUUAUGCAGACAGUAACAUAUUCUUGUUCUGGUCCUAUGGCAACUCUGCUGAUAUUAAGGGACCAACUGUUACUGAGCUAGCAAUCAAAUCAAUAAAGUCCAUGGGGGGAGAAGUUGAGAAUUUCAUUCUUCAACGUCGCUUUAAGUAUUUUCCUCAUGUCAGUAGCCAAGAUAUGAGAAACGGAUUCUAUGAAAAGUUGGAGUCAGAGCUUCAAGGUUCAAGGAAUACUUAUUAUGUUGGCGGGCUUAUGGCAUUUGAGCUUACUGAGAGAAAUUCAUCUUAUGCCAUGGCUUUGAUCUGCAAGAACUUCGCAAAUAACAGUGAUUUGCCAGUGUUUCCUUACACUAAGAAGUGUCUUCUGCAGAGUUUGUUUCCCUUGCAAACUGAGUUCCAGAAAAAGGAGCCUAAAGAACUAGGUGAAUUGCCCGGAGUGCAAUUUCCCAAUUUGCCAACUUUGAAUAGCUAUUUAAAGCAUUGGGGAACUCAUCCAGUCACACAAAAUAGAACUCUUUACACUUGGAUAAAUGAAGGAGGAACAGUGGGUGGCAAGAGGACAUAUGGAGAACAACACUUAAAUGCUUCUUGUAUUGCACAUAAGCUCUUAACAAGUCAAAAGCCAGUUAUAAUGCCUGGUGACAGGGUUCUCCUAGUCUAUGUUCCUGGUCUGGAUUUCAUUGAUGCCUUCUUUGGAUGUCUAAGAGCUAAAGUUUUACCAGUCCCAGUUCUUCCCCCGGACCCCCUGCAAAGAGGUGGACAAGCACUCCUAAAAAUUGAGAACAUUGCCAAGUCAUGUGGCAUAGUGGCGAUUUUAUCAACAGUGGCUUAUCACUCAGCAGUACGUGCAGGUCUAGUGAAAAGUUUGAUGAUCUCACUGACUGGAAAAAAUGGGAAAUCCGCAGCUCAGUGGCCUAAACUUCCUUGGCUGCACACUGAUACUUGGGUCAAUAAUAACUCACGAAAUUUGGCUUUGGAAGAUGUAGAUGAUCAAUGUGAAUCCAAGCCUGCUGAUAUAUGUUUCUUGCAGUUUACCUCAGGUUCAACAGGUGAUGCUAAAGGAGUCAUGAUAACACAUGGAGGGCUCAUUCACAAUGUGAAAUUGAUGAAAACUAUAUACAAGAGCACCUCAAGGACAAUGCUAGUGAGUUGGCUUCCUCAGUAUCAUGACAUGGGGCUGAUUGGAGGACUUUUUACAGCUCUUAUUAGUGGUGGAUCUGCCGUGCUUUUCUCACCAAUGACAUUUAUUAGGAAACCACUCUUAUGGCUUGAAACCAUAAGCAAGUAUCAAGCAACUCACAGCGCUGGCCCCAACUUUGCUUUUGAGUUGGUGGUUCGAAGGUUAGGGCUUGAAAAAGACAAGCUUCAGAAAUUAAACCUUUCAUCCAUGAUUUUUCUCAUGGUUGCUGCUGAGCCAGUGAGACUGAAGACCUUGAAAAGAUUUCUUGAUUUAACCGCUCCUUUUGGCUUAUCUCAGAAAGUGAUGGCUCCAGGAUAUGGCUUAGCAGAAAAUUGUGUGUUUGUCAGUUGUGCAUUUGGAAAAGGGUGUCCUAUUCUUGUUGACUGGCAAGGAAGAGUUUGUUGUGGAUAUAUUCACCCUGGUGAUGCAGAUAUAGACAUUAGAAUAGUUGAUCCAGAGAAUGGUGAAGAGCUUCAAGAAGAUGGAAAGGAAGGAGAAAUCUGGUUAAGUAGUCCAAGUGCAGGAAUAGGAUAUUGGGGAAAGGAAGAACUGAGCCAGAAAACUUUUAGAAAUGAGCUUCAGAACCAUCCUGGACGAAACUACACAAGAACUGGAGACUUGGGAAGAAUAAUUGAUGGGAAGCUAUUCAUCACGGGGAGAAUCAAGGAUCUUAUCAUUGUGGCUGGAAGAAACAUCUACUCAGCAGAUGUUGAAAAAACAGUUGAGAGUUCAUCUGAAUUUCUUCGUCCUGGGUGUUGUGCAGUCAUUGGUGUCCCUGAGGAGGUAUUAUCAGCAAAGGGGAUUUCUCUGCCAGAUGGAUCUGACCAAGUUGGCUUGGUUGUGGUUGCUGAAGUAAGGGAUGGUAAAACCGUGAGCAAAGAUGUGAUUGAGCAAAUUCAGACUCGUGUGGCAGAAGAACAUGGAGUCAGUGUUGCUUCUGUCAAGUUGAUCAAGCCAAGAACGAUCAGCAAAACAACAUCAGGAAAAAUCAAGAGAUUUGAAUGUCUCAAACAGUUUGCAGAUGAAACAUUGAACUUGGUGCCUCAACCUAUUCUGACAAGGAAAUCACUGGUAAGGUCAUUUACUACAGGAACAUGCACAGAAGGAAGAACACCCCGGGCCCAGCUGGUGAGAAGUAGUAAUCCCCUACCUAUUCCAAGAUUCAAUAACCAGGAAAUUGUUGAACACUUGAAACGGCUAAUAUCUGAGCAUUCAGGAAUCCCAAUCAAAGAUAUAUCAGUCACCGACAACAUGUCAACAUAUGGAAUUGAUUCAAUUGGAGUGGUUAAAGCAACUCAAAAACUCUCAGAUUUCCUGGGUGUGCCAGUUGCAGCUAUAGAUGUUUUUACAGCAUCAGACAUUCAAGAAUUGGCUAACUUCUCAGAGAAUCUUCUGUCGAAGUCUCAACCUGAAGUUAUGAGCAAUUCAUCCCAAGCUCCAGAAACUGAAAUUGACUCUAGUGAAGUGGUUGUGGAUGUGUCCAGGUCUCGUCAAUGGGGUAUUCGUUUACUUCAACUCCUAGCCCUUAUUUAUAUUUCUAUCAUUCUAGUUUCUCCUGCUUAUCUAUCCAUCACUUCUUUUCAAAAUUUCAUACCAAAUGCCAGUGAAUCGGUAAAUGGAACGCCUUGGUCAAACUAUUUGCUUUCCUUGAUUUUGGCACCCCUUUCUUGGAUCCUUUGCAUGGUUUAUACUUGCAUUGGCAUUUCAAUUUUUGGGAAUUCAUUCUUGAGGCCAAACUAUGCGCUGACACCCGAAAUAUCCAUCUAUUCAAUGGAUUUUGUCAAGUGGUGGGCGCUCUAUAAAACUCAGGAAAUUUCUUCAAAAGUUUUGGCAACACACCUCAGAGGAACAGUGUUUCUGAAAUACUGGUUUGAGAUGCUUGGUGCUAGAAUUGGAUCCUUAGUUUUGCUGGACACAGUUGAUAUCACAGACCCGUCUCUGGUUUCUAUUGGAGAUGAAGUUGCCAUGGCAGAAGGGGUUUUGAUUCAAAGUCAUGAGGUGAGGAAUGGAAUUCUAAGUUUCCUCCCUAUUAGGAUAGGUAAAAAUUCUUCAAUCGGGCCUUAUUCUAUUAUUCAAAAAGGAAGUGUUAUCAAAGAAGGAUCUGAAGUACAACCCCUGCAAAAGGUUGAAGAAUGCCAACAUGUGCCCAAACCUGCCAAGCUUAAUAACGUUAAGGAGGUCAGUAUAGGCAAAUUUCUGAAAUGA